GUGAGGAAAAGCGCUCAGUGAAGCCACAGCACUUCAUGUGGCAAUCUCCAAUGCAGUUCUACCUGAACUGGUUUUCAAGUUUUACUGUCAGGGGGUGAGCUCCUGAGGAACGAAUGAAGAAACAGAUUUUGCUUCUUUUCACAUUCAGAGGAACUGUAAGAAAAGGAAAAAAAGGUAAAAAGAGAAAAUGGCCAAUUUCAUAUUACGGAAAGCUGAAUCCAAGGACGUGUCGGAUAUACUGCGACUCAUAAAGGAACUUGCCAAAUUUGAAGAGAUGGAGGAGCAAGUCAUACUGACCGAGAAAGAUCUGCUUGAAGACGGCUUUGGGGAUCAUCCAUUCUAUCAUUGUUUUGUUGCUGAAGUUCCUAAAGAACACCAGAGCUCAGAGGGAUACACUGUGAUUGGCUUUGCCAUGUAUUACUUCACAUACGACCCUUGGAUUGGAAAGCUACUCUACUUGGAGGACUUCUUUGUCAUGAAGGCGUUUAGAGGUCUUGGCAUUGGUUCACAGAUCAUGAAAGUCCUAAGUGAGAUGGCAGUGAAGACCCGAUGCAGUAGCAUGCACUUCAUUGUGGCAGAAAACAACAAGCAGUCUAUUGAGUUCUACAAACGCCGGGGAGCAUCUGAUCUUUCCUUCCAGGAGGGCUGGCGUCUUUUUGCGAUUGACAAGGAAGACCUGGUGAAAAUUAAUGAUAAAUAGAGCUGGCCGACUUGCUGACCUACCCAUGAGUAAUAGCAGCGAUUCCUUUUGUUUUCAGUUUUGUUUUGUUUUUGGUUUUUAUGCAAUGGUUUCAAUAAAUACACUAAGCAAUUAAUUACUCUGCCUGUCCACACUUUUGAAGUUU